AUGGGCUCGGGGGGGGUCCGGGGCGAUCCCCGAGCCCCGGGCGGGGUCUGCGAGGCCCUAACCGGAAGCACCUACAGCCCUGCAGCGCUGCCCGCGGGGGGGCUGCAGGAGCUGCAGGAGCGGCAGCGGAGCCUGCGCCAGGCCCUGGGGCUGCGGCUGCGAGAGCUGCGCCGCCUCUGCCUGCAGGAGGCUGAGCUGACAGGGAAGCUGCCCCCCGAGUACCCUCUGGAACCUGGCGAGAGACCCCAGCCCCCCCCCGCGCCGCCGCGCUGCGGGAACCCCCCGGGGACCCCUCCCCGAGCGGCAAGGCCUGCGCGCCUGCGGCCUGUGUGCCCCUUCCCGGCCCCGGUACCGCGGUGCCUGUCCCUCUACCCCUCUGACGGCCUCCGCACGGCCGCUGUGGGCUACGGCGCUUUCCGUGCCCCAGCGGCUCGCGCGGCCCGGCGGGAGGUUGCGGUGCAGCUGCAGGUGGUGGAAGCCGCUCGGCGCUUAGCGACGGCCCCGGGGCUGCCUCCCGAGCAACGGCGGCGCCGGCAGCGGCUUCAGGCCGAGGCGGCCCAAAGGCUGCGGCAGCUCCGCGCCCAGCUCGAUGAAAAUGGUUCCCUCUGUGACCUCCCCACGCUGGAGAAUGGGGUCUUACCCCACCCGAAGCCCCCCCGGGCCGGCCCCGGCAGCCCUGAUCGUCGCCCCCCACCUUGGACCCCCGAGACCCCUGGGGGGGGUCCCGGCCGCCGCAGCUCCCUGGCCAGCCCAGCCAGCCCGGCUCGGACCCUCCCCCGCAGUGCCUCCAGCUUCGAGGGCCGCAGCGUCCCGGCCACGCCCGUCCUGCCCCGCAGCCCCCGGGGCCCCCCCUGCCGGUGA